GGCGAGCUCGGCGCCAGCGCCGCCAUGCUUUGAGCGGCACAGCAGUAACACCUCCUUCCGCAACUCCCGCGCCCACAGCACGCCUCAGAGGGGCGAGCGGCCUCGGGGGCAGCUUCGACAAGAAGCCGUCGGGCCUCUCGCGUCGACUUUAGCGGUUUUCUUCCGCACACCAACGCAAAGCGCUACCUCACCGGAAGCGGAAGUGCUCGUAGACACGCCGCUUUCUGCCUGGAAAAUGACACCGUGAUUUGGCGGGGCCCGGCCAGCGCGCUCGCGCAUACGGCUCUGUGGCGCCUGCGCUGUUGGGCGCGCCACGGCCGGCGGCGGUGAGGCCGAACAGCGCAGGGGCUGCUUCCAAGAUGGCGGCCGUGUUGCAGCAGGUCCUGGAGCGGGCCGAGCUCUCCAAGCUGCCCAAGCUGGUACAGGCGAAGCUGGAGCGCUUCCUCGCCGAUCAGCAGAGCGAGAUCGAUGGGUUGCGAGCCAGGCAUGAGCGCUUCAAAGUGGACAGUGAACAACAGUACUUUGAAGUAGAAAAGCGCCUGGCUCAAAGUCAGGAGAGGCUUGUAAAUGGGACACAAGAAUGUCAAACUCUGCGUGAGGAGCUUAAAAAACUUCAUGAACAGUUGAAGUUACUGAAUGAGAAAAAUAAAGAGCUUGAAGCUGCUCAGGAUCGUAAUGCAGCCAUUCAGAGCCAUUUAAGUAGAGAAAAAGAAGAACUGGAAGCUGAAAAGAGAGAUUUGGUUCGAACAAGUGAAAGACGAUCUCAAGAAGUUGAACAUUUAAAUGAGGAUGUUAAACGCUUAAAUGAAAAGCUUACAGAAGCAAACACAGAAAAGGUGAAACUUCAGUUGAAGUUGGAUGAACUUCAAACAUCAGAUGUUUCCAUGAAGUACCGUGAGAAAAGGUUGGAGCAAGAAAAGGAACAUCUACAGAAUCAGAAUGCGUGGCUGAAUACUCAGUUGCAAGCCAAAACAGAGGAACUUCUACAUACUGCCAGGGAGAAAGGCAAUGAAAUCUUGGAGCUUAAAUGUAAUCUGGAGAACAAGAAGGAGGAGGUUUCGAGAAUGGAGGAACAGGUAAACAGCUUAAAACAGUCACAGGAAAAUCUUCAGAAGCAAGUGGAAGACCUUUUGAAUAAACUGAAGGAGGCAAAAGAGCAGCAAGCUGGUAUGGAGGAAAGAUUCCACAGUGAACUGAAUGCCCACAUAAAAUUAUCCAAUUUGUAUAAGAGUGCUGCUGAUGACUCAGAGGCAAAGAGCAAUGAACUGACAGGAGCAGUAGAAGAGCUGCACAAGCUCCUGAAGGAAGCAGGUGAAGCAACCUGCUUGUCUGAUUUAAUUUUAGCCAAUAAAGCCACCCAGGAGCAUUUGGCUGAGGUGGAAGAGUCAAAAGCUGUAAUGGAAAAAGAACUGAGAGAGAAGAUCAGUAAACUGGAAAAGGAGCUGGAGAAUGCUAAUGAUUUACUGUCCGCUACAAAGCGCAAAGGAGCCAUAUUGUCUGAGGAGGAACUGGCAGCUAUGUCUCCCACUGCUGCAGCAGUAGCUAAAGUAGUCAAGCCUGGAAUGAAAUUAACUGAGCUGUACAAUGCCUAUGUAGAAACUCAGGAUCAGUUGCUUUUGGAAAAGCUGGAGAAUAAGAGAAUCAAUAAAUAUUUGGAUGAAAUAGUGCAGGAAGUAGAAGCCAAAGCACCAAUCUUAAAACGUCAGCGUGAAGAAUUUGAGCGUUCACAAAAAGCUGUUGCUAGUCUGUCUGCAAAGCUUGAACAAGCUAUGAAGGAAAUCCAACGAUUGCAGGAGGAUGCUGAUAAAGCCAAUAAGCAUGCCUCUCUGCUUGGAAGAGAAAACCAGAGACUGGAAAUACAAGUAAAAGAUCUUUCACAGCAGAUUCGUGUGCUUUUAAUGGAACUUGAAGAAGCUAGAGGCAAUCAUGUGAUUCGAGAUGAAGAAGUGAGUUCUGCUGACAUCAGUAGCUCUUCUGAAGUGAUAUCUCAACAUCUAGUCUCUUACAGAAAUAUUGAAGAACUUCAACAGCAGAAUCAGCGUCUCUUAGUGGCUCUUCGGGAGCUGGGAGAGGCUAAAGAAAAAGAGGAGCAAGAAACAACAUCAUCUAAAAUUUCUGAGCUUCAGAAUCAGCUUGAGGAAGCUCUCAAUGAGCUAGAAAAACUGCGUGAAUCACGUCAUCAUCAGUUGCAGCUUGUUGAGUCUAUAGUUCGUCAGCGGGAUAUGUUUCGCAUAUUGUUGGCACAGACCACAGGAGCUAUUAUUCCUUUGCAAGCUUCAGGUAUGUUACCAGAGGAGAUGUCUCUUACAUCUACUCCAAAGCGCUCAAAUUUACCUCAAGCCAUGUCAACUCCUGCUUCGGUAUCAAUGCCUGAGUCAGUGGAGACUCUGGAGGCUAAGGCUGCACUUAAGCAGUUACAGGAAGUUUUUGAGAACUAUAAAAAAGAAAAGGCAGAGAAUGACAAGUUGCUGAAUGAACAAAAUGAAAAGCUUCAGGAGCAGGUCACGGACUUGAGGUCACAAAAUGCAAAGAUAUCCACACAGCUGGAGUUUGCUUCCAAACGUUAUGAAAUGCUGCAGGAUAACGUCGAAGGCUAUCGUCGAGAAAUAACAUCUCUGCAUGAAAGAAACCAGAAACUCACAGCAACAACUCAGAAGCAAGAGCAGAUAAUUAACACUAUGACUCAAGACCUGAGGGGAGCUAAUGAAAAACUGGCGGUGGCAGAGGUGAGAGCAGAAAACUUAAAAAAAGAGAAAGAUAUCUUGAAGAUGUCAGAUGUGCGUUUGACUCAGCAACGUGACUCUCUAUUAGUUGAACAAAGAGGACAGAAUUUGCUGCUUGCAAAUUUGCGAGCUAUUCAGGGAAUACUGGAGAAGUCUGAGACAGAUACAAAACAAAGGCUCAACAAUCAGAUAGAAAAGCUAGAGCGUGAGAUAUCUCAGCUGAAGAAGAAACUAGAAAGUGAGGUGGAACAAAGACAUUCCCUUUCCAAAAAUCAAGAAGUUCAUAUUCUUGAUCUUAAGAGGCAACUCGAGACUGAGACAAACCGUCACAUUAACACAAAGGAACUUUUAAAGAAUGCCCAGAAGGAAACUGCAAUGUUGAAACAGCAGCUUAACAAUACGGAGGCUCAGCUAACAUCUCAGUCAUCACAGAGGGCUCCAGGGAAAGGUCAGCCUAGUACAAAUGAAAAUGUGGAUGAUCUUGUAAGUCGACUAAGACAAGCUGACGAACAAGUUAAUGACCUGAGAGAGAGACUCAAGACUACUUCUAGUAAUGUGGAACAAUACAGAGCCAUGGUUCUUAGUCUAGAGGAAUCCCUUAAUAAGGAAAAACAAGUGACAGAGGAAGUUCGUGCAACAGUUGAAGCUCGUCUGAAGGAGUCUUCAGAGUAUCAAGCACAACUAGAAAAGAACCUGAUGGAGUCAGAGAAAGAAAAGCAAGAACUGCAAGAGGAGAAGCGUAAAGCUAUAGAGAACAUGGAACAACAGCUAUCGGAACUAAAGAAGAGUUUGUCAACCGUGCAGUCAGAAGUUCAGGAAGCUCUUCAGAGAGCCAGCACAGCUUUAAAUAAUGAACAGCAAGCCAGACGUGACUGCCAGGAACAAGCAAAGAUGGCUUCUGAAGCUCAAAAUAAAUAUGAACGGGAAUUAAUGCUUCAUGCCGCCGAUGUUGAAGCAUUACAGGCUAUUAAAGACCAAGUUUCCAAGAACACAGCAGUAAGGCAGCAACUAGAGGAAGCUGCUCAGAAAGCUGAGUCUGAAUUGUUAGAGUGCAAAGCCUCCUGGGAAGAGAGAGAGAGAAUGAUCAAGGAUGAAGCUUCAAAACUUGCAUCCCGCUGUGAAGAUUUGGAAAAACAAAAUAGAUUAUUACAUGAACAGCUGGAAAGUCUGAGUGAUAAGAUGGUGACUUCUAUGAAAGAAGCCAUGCCAACUGCAGUAAAUGUUUCUCUCAAUGAAGAAGGCAAAUCCCAGGAACAGAUCUUAGAAAUUCUUAGAUUUAUACGUCGAGAAAAGGAGAUUGCAGAAACUAGAUUUGAGGUGGCCCAGGUGGAGAGUUUGCGUUACCGUCAGAGAGUGGAGCACCUGGAAAGGGAACUCCAGGAGCUGCAAGACAGUCUCAAUGCUGAGAGGGAGAAGGUGCAGGUAACAGCAAAAACCAUUGCACAGCAUGAAGAAUUAAUGAAAAAAACUGAGACCAUGAAUGUACUGAUAGAAACCAACAAGAUGCUAAGAGAAGAGAAGGAGAGGCUAGAACAAGAGCUACAACAAAUUCAAGCAAAGGUACGCAAGCUUGAGGCAGACAUUCUACCUCUACAAGAGUCUAAUGCUGAACUGAGUGAGAAAAGUGGAAUGUUGCAGGCGGAGAAAAAGCUGUUGGAAGAAGAUGUCAAACGCUGGAAAGCCCGGACUCAGCAUUUAUUGAGUCAACAGAAGGACACCGAUCUCGAAGAGUAUCGGAAGCUGCUUUCAGAGAAGGAGGCAAACACAAAGCGUAUACAACAAAUGAGUGAAGAAACAGGCAGGCUUAAAGCAGAAAUAGCCAGAACUAAUGCAUCCUUGACUACAAGCCAGAACCUUGUUCAGAGCCUUAAGGAUGAAGUAACUAAAAUAAGAACAGAAAAGGAUACUUUGCAGAAAGAACUAGAUGCUAAAGUGGCUGACAUACAAGAAAAAGUGAAAACUAUAACACAAGUCAAGAAAAUUGGGCGCAGGUACAAGACUCAGUAUGAGGAGCUGAAAGCACAGCAUGAUAAGAUGGUUGCUGAAGCAUCAACUCAGUCUUUUGUAGAACAGCAAGAAGAACAAGUUUCUCUCCAGGAAGUACAAGAGCUGAAAGACACUCUUAGUCAAGCUGAAGUGAAGACAAAGACUUUGGAGAGUCAGAUUGAAAGUUUACAAAAGUCUAUAGCAGAAAAGGAAGCUGAAGUUAGAAAUCUUCAGGAGCAGAUAAUACAGCUACAAUCAGAACUUGCUCAUUUUCAUCAAGAUCUGCAAGAGAAGACUACCCAGGAAGAACAGCUCAGGCAACAGAUCACCGAGAAGGAAGAGAAAACUAGGAAGACCUUGCUUGCGGCCAAGCAGAAAAUUGCACAGUUAGCUGGUACAAAAGAACAGCUAACAAAAGAAAAUGAAGAGUGGAAGCAAAAGAGCAGCUCAUUAGAAGAGCAGAAGACUGAACUGGAAGUGCGGAUGAGUGCACUUAAAUCACAGUAUGAAGGUCGAAUCUGCCGUCUAGAAAGAGAGCUUAGAGAGCAGCAAGAGCGACACCAUGAACAGCGAGAUGAGCCACCAGAGUCUACAAACAAGGUCCCAGAACAGCAGAGGCAAAUCUCACUCAAGUCUACUCCAGCUUCAGGUGAAAGAGGAAUUGCUAGCACUUCAGAUCCACCAACAGCAAAUAUUAAACCAACUCCUGUUGUGUCAACUCCAAGUAAAGUGACUGCUGCUGCGAUGGCUGGGAAUAAGUCUACUCCACGAGCCAGUAUCCGUCCAAUGGUUACUCCUGCUACAGUCACUAAUCCUACCACUACACCAACAGCCACAGUUAUGCCUACAACACAGGUGGAAACUCAGGAAGCUAUGCAAUCAGAAGGACCUGUGGAGCACGUUCCAGUCUUUGGCAGCGCUAGUGGGUCUGUGCGUUCCACCAGUCCUAAUGUUCAGACAUCUCUCUCUCAGCCCAUCUUGACUGUUCAGCAGCAGACGCAAGCAACUGCUUUUGUGCAGCCCACUCAGCAAAGUCAUCCUCAGAUUGAGCCAGCUAAUCAGGAGCCAUCCCCUACCAUUGUAGAGGUUGUACAGAGCUCUCAAAUAGAGAGGCCCUCCACUUCUACAGCAGUGUUUGGCACAGUUUCAGCUACCCCAAGUUCUUCACUGUCUAAACGUCCACGAGAGGAAGAGGAGGAUAACACUGUGGAAAACUCAGAUCAAAUUUCAGAAGAAACAGUGGAUGUUCCUCUUCCAAAGAAACUGAGAAACAUGCAGAGAGUUGGACCAGAGGAGGAAGUGACAGCAGAAGAGAGCACUGAUGGCGAGGUAGAAGCUCAAACGUACAAUCAAGACUCACAAGACUCAAUUGGAGAAGGUGUUACUCAGGGAGAGUAUGCUCCCAUGGAGGAUAGUGAAGAAACUUCCCAGUCUAUCCCAAUAGAUCUUGGACCUCUUCAGUCAGAUCAACAGAACACUUCUUCAUCUCAGGAUGGUCAAUCCAAGAGAGAUGAUGUCAUUGUAAUUGACAGUGACGAUGAAGAUGAUGAUGAUGAAGAAAAUGAAGGCGAGCAGGAAGACUAUGAGGAUGAGGAAGAGGAAGAUGAGGAUGAUGAUGAAGACACAGGGAUGGGAGAUGAAGGUGAUGACAGUAAUGAAGGAACUGGUAGUGCUGAUGGUAAUGACGGAUAUGAAGCUGAUGAUGCUGAGGGUGCUGACGGUACAGAUCCUGGAACUGAAACUGAGGAAAGCAUGGGAGGAGGUGAAAGCAACCAGAGGGCAGCAGAUUCUCAAAACAGUGGAGAAGGGAGUACAAGUGCUGCAGAGUCCACUUUUCCUCAUGAAAGUUCAAGAGAACAGCAGCCAUCAUCUGCCUCAGAGAGACAAGCCCCUCGGCCCCCACAGUCACCACGCAGACCGCCACAUCCACUGCCCCCACGACUAACUAUUCAUGCUCCUCCUCAAGAACUGGGUCCCCCAGUACAGAGAAUCCAGAUGACUCGAAGACAGUCUGUGGGGCGUGGACUUCAGCUAACUCCUGGUAUAGGCGGGAUGCAGCAACACUUCUUUGAUGAUGAGGACAGAACAGUUCCAAGUACACCAACUCUUGUAGUUCCACAUCGUACAGAUGGGUUUGCAGAAGCCAUUCAUUCCCCUCAGGUAGCUGGUGUUCCUCGAUUCAGAUUUGGACCCCCUGAAGAUAUGCCACAAACUAGUUCAAGUCAUUCUGAUCUUGGUCAGCUUGCAUCACAAGGAGGUUUAGGCAUGUACGAAACACCCCUGUUCCUUGCUCAUGAGGAAGAAUCAGGGGGUCGUAGUGUUCCCACAACACCAUUACAAGUAGCAGCACCAGUGACAGUUUUUACUGAAAGUGCAUCAGCGGAUGCUUCAGAGCACGCUUCUCAGUCUGUUCCAAUGGUUACAACAUCUACUGGCAAUCUGUCCACCACUACAGAGGCUGGAGUGGGUGAUGAUGGGGAUGAAGUUUUUGCAGAGGCAGAAUCUGAAGGAAUUACUUCAGAAGCAGGCUUAGAAAUUGAUAGCCAGCAAGAAGAAGAAUCUGUUCAAGCAUCUGAUGAGUCAGAUCUUCCCUCGACUAGUCAAGAUCCACCUUCUAGUUCAUCUGCAGACACAAGCAGUAAUCAGCCUAAGCCGUUUCGGCGUGUCAGACUCCAGCCACCGACAUUAAGAACUGGCGUUCGUGGUCGUCAGUUCAAUAGGCAGAGGGGUGUAACUCAUGCAAUGGGAGGCAGAGGAGGCCUGAACAGGGGGAAUAUCAGUUAAACGAUCUGUAAAGUAAUUACAGCUGUGUAUACAAAAGUGCCAGUUUGCCUGUGGUUGUUUUAGUGUAAUGAAGCCAGAGCUUAAAGCAGCAUUUUAUACUUAGAUUUGUGUGCACACAUUUCAAUGUCUUUAUUAAUAAAAUUAGACAAAAUGUCAACAUCAAAUGGCAUCUUUUUUUUAAAUCCUCUGCUGUGCAUCACUUGCUAGGACAGUUGUACCAGUCUUUGGAUACAGUCUUUCCUGUGAGAGCAGUAACAGGUCUUGCUAUUCUUUUGCCAACAUCCAAACUGUAGUACCGAUCUGAAAUGAAGAUAUGUCAGAAUUAAAUUCCAGAAACUGUUUAGUACAUGGAAAGAAUCUUUAAGUUAAAGCCUGCCUUUUAAUUUAGGCAUGAAUAACAGAUUUUUUUUUUCAUUCCACAUAUGUGUAUGGAGUUGAGAGACUAUAACAAUGAAUUUUUGUCCUCAACUUUGUUUUUUACAUGUCCUUCUUUGUAUUUAGCUAAGUUUUACAGUACUGCUAACCAAGAAGAGGGAGUAGGGAAGAAUACUCUUAUACUGCUAGAACAUAGAAAUAGUCUUUUUGGAAAUCAAACAAACUAAAAAGAAAACAAUCUUGCACUGACUACGAAAGUGGGAAUUCUGUGGUCCCCAAGUGUGAAUUUGCCUAUGUUAAGGUUAGGAGUUAAAUCAUACAUCUCAUCGGAGAUUUACUUUAGUAUCCUGUAUUUGGAUGCGGCUAGUUCUGAACAUAUUUUUUUUUCUGAAUAAUCCAGAAAAUUCUGAGGAAUGCUUUCACAGAAGUCAGUGAAAAAACUAACCCUGUGCAGUGGUCCAGGGAUUUCAGUCUAUCAUUAAUGUAGUGCUGCAUUUAAGUGUCAGGUUUUUGUCACUUUAUAAGCCUGAACGCUUAUGGCAAUGCAUUCUGCAACUGGCUAGUUUGAGUGAUUGUACCUCGUUGCUGCUAGUUGUCCUGUAACUACUGAUUAUUUUUUUUAAUAGAAACAUCUUCCCAUUACAGGCAACAUUUCAAUUCUCAGGACUGUUUAGUAGUGCUUAAAAUUAGUCUUGCAGAACCCCAAGCAAUAACCUCGCACUUAAGAAAGCUGAGACAUUCGUAGGUUUCUUUCUUCCCCAUCCCUUAGUCUUUUGAGAUACAAAGUAACUUGCAUUAGCUUUAACUUACUGUAAGAGAAGGCAUAAUAAUCAUAGCCAUCUGGCUUAUUGUAGUUGGGUAGUGAUAUAGUUGAAUGAAUAACUUUCGGGAGCCCUUUCCAGUAAGUGGUCAUUUUGAUUUCCUUACGCAGAACUCCUGCAAGCAAAAGUAAAGUUAGGAGGUGUCACAAUAUGUCUGCUGUAAUUAUCAUUUGCCUGUAUAAUCUACAGCAAGUGAGAUCUAUUGGAUUAAAAAUUUUUAUAAGUACUACAUUAAAAAAACCCAGAAUGUUAUGUUUCAGAACUACUAAGAUUAAAAUGGUUGUAUAAAAGAAACUUAAUAAACAUAAGUUACCAGAUGAA